AUGGCGCUUGUUGCCUAUGCUUCGUCGUCGUCUGAGGCAUCGUCCGGCGACGAGCGCGAUGCGGGGAGCGCCUCGAGUCGAAGGCGCAGCGCAUCGCCGGAGCGAGCAGCUCAGCCUUCACGCAGGCCGGCGGCAAGAGUUGAGGGCCUGAAGCCGUCGACCCAGCCAGUGCAGGCGUCUGGCUCCCAGCGUCGUCUACCAGCUCCCUUUGCUUCGUCCGCUCGUCCGCUCAUCGCCGGACGAGAGCGGCGUACCACGUGGACUGAGGAGCGGGCAAAGCGGCUGGCGCCGGGUGUUGUGCCGGGACAGUGGCUGUGCUACGUAUUUGCAGAAAGCGAGACGGCGCUAGCGGAGCACCUCAGGACGGCCAGCGACGCUCUGAGCGUCGCGUUUGCUUCCAGCGACGUGGACCUUAUUGUCGAGCCGCACAUCUCACUCUCGCGGCCGUUGCCAAUUGAGAAUGCCGAGCGUCCUCGCUUCGCGCAGGCCGCAAAGGCCGCUCUUCGUGACACGCCGCGGACGACGGUGGCCUUUGCGCGCUACACCACGCUGGUCAACGACGACUCGUCACGUCUCUUCUUCGCUGUCGAAGUCGGCCUGGGCUGGCAGCCGCUGCGCGCCGUAGCUCAGAGUCUCGACGAAGCACUGCGGCCGUUCGGCCUGCAGCCCUACUACGCCGAGUCUCGCUUCCACGCCUCGUUCGCCUCAAUAGCGCUGCCCUCGGACCCAGAUGAGCUGUCGGCAGGCAAGGCACGCGCAGAGGCCGCGUGUGCAAAGCUCGAGGACGACAGCGGAGAGGCGCUGCGGCGACUCGAGCUGCACGUCACCCGCCUCGGCGUCACUGUCGGCGACAAGACACACGUCUGUCGGCUGCUACGACCAGCACGAGAAUGA